GAUCAAAGCUGGAAGUUCGUGUCAAAUAACAGCUUCUUCACUUGCUGGGUAUUCAGAAACACGGACAGUUCCGACUCUCAGAGAAAAAGACAGAGCGAAAUAAAGGUGUGAAAUAGGAGGAGGAGGAAGAAAAUGGCUGAAUCUUCAUCACAACAACCAAGAGAUGGCAGCAGGAGCAGCAUUGAUUUACCUCUAAAGUUUGCUCCUGACUCCAGUGGUCUCCUGUCUGAAGAUCAGUUCCUGUGUUCUAUCUGUCAGAAUGUCUUCACUGAUCCAGUCUCUAUUCCAUGUGGACACGACUUCUGCAUGAAAUGUAUUAGAACAUGCUGGGGUGACAGUGAGCAGUGUCACUGUCCAGUCUGUAAAGAGAAAUUCACCAAGAGACCAGAACUCAAGGUCAAUACAGCACUCAGAGAAGUUGUAGAUCACUUCAAGAAGAAAGGUGGUCUGAAUAAACCUGAGGUUCUUUGUGAUGUCUGCACUGGAGUGAAACAGAACGCCCUGAAAUCCUGUCUGGAUUGUGUUAUGACAUUUUGUAAAUUUCAUUUAGAGCCUCAUAAUAAUACUCCAAAACUUAAGAAACACAAACUAAUAAACCCAGUGAAAAACCCAGAGGACUACAUAUGCCAGAAGCACAGGAGACCCCUGGAGCUGUUCUGCAGAGAUGACAAAACAUGUGUGUGUAUGGACUGCACUGUGAAAGACCACAAGAAGCACAAGACUGUUCCUGUAGAGGAAGCAGUUGGAGAAAUGAAGUCACAGCUGGAGAAGACACAGACAGAAAUGCAGCACAUGAUGCAAUACAGAAUGAAGAAGAUCAAAGACUUGAAAGACUCAGCAGAGCUCAGAAAAAGAAACACAGAGAAAGAGAUUGCAGACAGUAUUGAAGUCUUCACUGCUCUCAUGCGCUCCAUUGAGAGAAGCCAAGCUGAGCUGGUAAAGACGAUGGAGGAGAAGCAGAAAGCAGCAGAGAAGCAGGCUGAUGACUUCAUUAAAGAGCUGAAGCAGGAAAUCAUUGAGCUUAAGAGGAGAGACACUGAGCUGGAGCAGCUCUCCCACACUGAGGACCACCUACACCUCCUACAGGCUUACCCAUCACUGUGCAGACCUCCACAAACCAAGAACUGGACUGACAUCUGUAUUCAACCUUAUCUGCGUGUAGAGCCCAUGAGAAACGCUCUGUCUCAACUUCAGACAGGUGUGGAGAACAUGAUGAGUGAAGCAGUCUCAACAGAAGUGAAGAGGAUUCAGCAGUUUGCAGUGGAUGUGACUCUGGAUGCUGAUACAGCUCAUCCCAAACUCAUCCUGUCCGACGAUGGAAAACAAGUGAGAGAUGAAAACAGAAAACAGAAGCUUCCUGACAAUCCAAAGAGAUUUAACAGAUGUACUUGUGCUCUGGGAAAGGAGGGAUUCUCCUCAGGGAGAUUUUACUAUGAGGUGCAAGUCAGUGGGAAGACUGACUGGGAUAUAGGAGUCGCCAGAGAGUCCGUUAACAGGAAGGGGAAGAUUGCAUUGAGCCCACUGAAAGGAUUCUGGACUAUGAGGCUGAGGAAUGGGAAUGAGUAUAAGGCUUGUGCUGAUUCCCCAUUCCUCCUCUCCCUGAGAGAGAAGCUCCAGAAGGUGGGGGUGUUUGUGGAUUAUGAGGAGGGUCUGGUCUCCUUUUAUGAUGCGGAGUCCAGAUCUCAUAUCUACUCUUUCACUGGUCAGUCUUUCACUGACAAACUCUAUCCAUUCUUCAGUCCCUGUAAAAAUGAUGGAGGUAAAAACUCAGCUCCCCUGAUCAUCUCACCCGUAUCAACGACUGAAUAAACUUUCAGUUGUAACUAUGACAGGCACACUGUUUUCUGAUACACUAUUCGAGAAACUGUUAUUUACUGUUUACUUACAGCCCUGUGUAUUAUAAAAUUACAAUACUUUUACAAUUACUAUACUACCGAGUAAAUUUGAUGUAAUUGAAAGCUUCAUUCUGCACCCAUGAAUUACUAGUGUCUGAGAGCCCUGAGAGCUCUUAUCUGAGAACCCGCAGUUUUUCUACAUUAUCUAGUACAAUAUGUAAUAUGAGGGAAUUUCUUCAUUAUGAUGUCAAAUCAAAUCAAAUCAAAUCAGAUUUAUUGUCACAUCACAAGAGUACAGGAGUACAGGUGAGUGAAAAACUUGGGUGCAAGUUAUUGUACACAGUUGUUGCAUGUACACAGUUAUUCAGAGUGGUUUGGUGAAAUGCUCAGUUGCAGUGGUCCGUUCUAGAGAAACUUUCAGACUGAGAACCAUUCACAAUGGUGGUGAUAGGAACCCGGCAUCUAGUGUUUUAAGCCUUCAAAAGCAACAUCACAGAGCUUUAUUUGUUGAAAUGGUUGCAAAUGCACAGUAUGAUGCCUGGAUGAUUAAAAAAAACUUAAUUGUAUUCAAUUUAUUUUGAAGGUUGUAUUAUGUAGUAGUGUUGUAAUAGCAAAUGUAUGUACUUAAACAUGCUAAACUAUAUUAGUAAAACAUGCUUUCAU